GAAUUCACACGUGCAUUUUCACUUAGCCAUUUGAGAGAUUCAACCUUCCAAAGUAGACUUCCCAGAACUGUUCUCACACCUAGGCAAAUUCCAGCUUGUUUCUCAUUAACUUUAUCCGAACUUUGAACGAUUGAUUGGGGUUUGUAAGAGGCUGUAAUUGAGAUCAUAUCAGGGAGACUGAGAUCCGGCGACUUUGGCGAGAACGUGUGGUCGUUGUCGCUUCGCAGAAGCCUUCUCUGCUUCUUGUCGUUCCAUCUCCAACCGGCGGAAACAUGGCUGGAAGAGGCCAUCUAUCAGCCGUCCCCACCAUCAAGCUCUUUCCAAUCUCGAAUCCCCUCGCCGAGACUUUGCCCUGCUCGCAAUCGGCAACCCACCUUUUUCCUGUUCGAGAAGAUGGACCUUCUGAGAUAAAUGGAUUGUUCUUGGAUCCGAACAAGCUGAGCACAGCCAGCAUCGGGCGAUUUGCACCCUCCUCUCGCCGAGAUGUCGUUCCUGGAUCUGGGUUCCGAAAUCGAGCUUAUAUCCUCUGUGAUUUAUGCAUCUCCCUCCUACAUGCGUUAUUGAAGAGAGAUGGUAGUGGGUUUGUUGGUCUAGAGAGGUAGUGGUGAGAUGGUGGUGGGCACUGGUCGAGUUCUAGGUAAUGUCCGAGGUGGUGGAGGAGAAAGAGAGAAUGAGUUUUACUAAUUACAGUGGUGCAAUGAUUGAACUAUUACUCCACAACUUAAAGAAUGAACAUGAUCGUUCAAAUAGUUUGCCCACAACACCUGUUUGCAGAAGGAAAACAAUGGCAGGAAAGUUACCAAAUACCAUCCCAUGCAAGCCAAACAUCUUUGCACCAAUCUAGUGACACUUAUAUUUCCAUGUUUGCAGUCCUUCGAUUCAACCAGGCACGCGACUGAAUAUGAAAUUGAACAAGGGUCCGAAUACUGAAAAUGACCAAGACUUCCAAUAUACAAUCAGUAGAUGUCAAACUAGUUUUAUUACAAAGAUUCGGCAAAAUUGAUGCCAAUCCAUCACAAAAUACAGGAUGUAAGGAUGGUUAGCCACACAGGCCGCAUAGAUCCAUUCUCAUGAAAAGCUAUAGAAGAAAAAAGAACCACCAUCCAGCAUAUGAUGCAAAGCUGGAAUGCCGCAUCAUUUCUACUUUCGGUUUGGCAGUAGCCAUCUCAGUUUCUUUCAGAAUUAACAAUUUACAGGAACAACACAAGUGAAAGUUUAUACGGUCGUUCAACACAAGCUGAAUCUCAAUAAUAUUUCUGAUUCCUGUCUUAAGCUGUAGAAUUUAGAUUUUGUUCUAAGACCUCUUGCAGAACAGCCUUGGAAGAUAUAUGGAAGGAAAGUGAGAAAAUAUUUAAUAACAAACUUUGUACGUAAUGGCAAGUGAAAUGCAUGAACUUCUUUCUUCGAAAUGCCUACCGACAGCUUCUUAAAUGAAUACAACAAUGUUCACACGUUUAACUUACACCUGUGCAUACGCAUACUGUGAACUCUGCAACUUCACAUGUACUUCACAUCCUAUCGUCCAUUACUAUAUGUGUGAAAGUCAUUAUGUUAGUUACCCCAAAGAUUUCCCAAACCAGUGCUCCUUUUGGCCUAGGAGGUUCAACUUCUAGGGGGAGGAGCUCCUCCACGAGUUGGAGGUGCACCUCCGUCUUCCACUCGACCCCGCCCAAUCAGUAAUUCCUUACAUCCGCCGUCGUCCGAUGACUCUUUCUGUACCGUAGGUGCUUAUUUUUUCUUAUUUCUUGUUUUGAGAUUCCGCAAGAACUUGAAGAUUACCUAGAGCGACGGAAUAUUCUUUUGUAUCCUAAUUCGUAAAGAUUUUGGCGCACAAUGGAAAUUGUCAGCGUAGUGCUCCAAUUUAGGGAUCGCGUAAAAAGUGGGAAACAAAGUGUACGUUGAGGGCCAAAAAAGCCAAGUCUUGGCUGGCAAUGCAAAAGUGGUCAGUGGAAACUGAAGUUUUACAACCAUCUUUACCAGAGAUUUGGUAAGAUACGAUUCUUGAAUUUCAAUCUCUUAGAGAACUUGCGAGGAAGUAAGUUCAUAGUUGCAAAGUUUGACUCAUUGUUGUUUAUUCAUUUGUACCUUACUUGUCUGAUUCAUUAUGCUAUCAUCAGUUAUUGCUUUUGGAUUUGCUAUGAACUAAUUGCGAAGAGUUAUGCGUGGGUCUUGGAUUCCCUACUUAAAUGUGCUUGAAUAAGUAUUUGACACUGAAGCUUUAAUAGCCUGUGAAAUUACUGCAACGCCAUGGUUGCUGUCCUAGUACACUUCUGGAUGGUUGGAUGCGAGUUAACGGCAAGCCUGUGGUGAGAUCCAUACAGGUGGUGGGCGCAUGAGAAGAAGGUUGUCAUCUACAGAGGAGUGGAAUAUAGGGGUUGGACAGUGCCAGUGGUAAGAUGGUAAAUGCCUAUGCCAUGACCUCCAUUAUGCCUUAUGCUCCACCAUGGAUGAAUUUGAGUAAGAUCAUGAGUGAAGUAAAUGAAAUUGGGUGUUAAUCGCGGAUGCUCUUCCGUCGAGACGAACGCAGGAGAGUUAUGACCCAAGAACAAGGCAAAUUCACUAAUGCUUAAAAGCAUGAUGAAAAGAAAAGAAUGAACGAGCA